GUCUGAAACGCUCGCUCACAUUUAUGCGGAGCAAAAGUGUGGAGAACUUCUUCCAGCGUUCACAGAGCGAUGCUUACCGACCGACAGAGCUCUUCUCUGGUGCCCUGCCUUCUUCCCCUGCCUCUGGUAACAGCAGUAAUGUUUUGCCCUCCCCCAGCAUCAGCUCUAGACCUGCUCCAUUCGGUGUGCAGCCACGACCAGCACAAACACACUCCUUCCUUGAGCAUGUGUUCCGUCGACCCACCAGCUGCAGUCUGUGCAAGCUCAUUAUUGCAGGCAACUCUAAACAGGGCCUGCGUUGUAGAACGUGUAAGAUGGGAGCUCAUCUUUGGUGUCUCUCUGAAGUCUCAGAGAAACCAUGCCAAGGAAAGUCUGGCAUGUUCAAGAGGAACUUAAGCACACCUGUACUGACCAAUGAUCAGUUAUAUGCUGUGAAGACACCGGUCCCCGGUGAUCCCGUACGGCUCAUGAACGCCUCCCUGUCCAAACACUACACUAGAACAGGAAUGACCAAAUAA